AUGCAUUGUCUCUACAGCGUCAUCGAAGCUGUAAUGGACCACGAAGAGAACUGGCCGACGGCGGAUCGAGAGAACUGCGAACUGUGGGGGUUUAAGAUCUCUGCUGCUUUGUGGUUACUACGCCUAGGUGUUCAUGGUCUGGCUUGGGCGCUGGCGGAGGGCAAGGAGUGGCGUCUUGUGCUGGCCGAGACGGAGCGAUCGUGGUAUGAGGGACUUGUUGUUGCUGACGAGUACGAGGAGGCCAUCGAGGAGACUCAAAGUUUCACUAACGCUUUCCGCAAGUGGGGUGCGAGCGUUGAUGCUGAGCGGCGCGCUCAGUCUUCGGCUUAG